UAAUGCUUAAUACUACUUCAAAUUAAAUUUUAUAAGGCCAAUAUGGAUGUGAUCACAGCUCAAGGUUAGAGAAGUAUAUUCUUAUAAUAUUGUGUUAGAGUUUAAGAGAACCAAUUAAACUUCUAUUUAAAUUAUUCCCAUCAUGAAUACAUGAUUGUCUUGAGUAUUAAAAGCCAUUUAAUCCCAGUAAUAUUAUAGAAACUUAAAGAAAAUUGCAGAGAAAUCGAAAUAAUAUUUCUUGGAUAUAUAUCCUCUCCAAUUGAAGAUUCUGAUCAUGAUGCAUUAUUACAAAAAGUAAUAAGUGAGAUUCUAAAUCAAUCGGAAGAGGGUCUGAAACUCGACACAUCUAAGAAGGUAACCCUUACAUAUUACAAAGAGGAUUUGUGA